AUGAAGCUGAAUGAUUUUCUUCGGAGCUACUUGGGUGGCAGGGGAGUUGUGGACACCAAUGAGAACGUCACGAUGGGGAUGUUUGUUCAGGAUCCCGAGAUGUUUAUCCAAAACGAAAGGUUAUUACGCAUAAUAACGGCAUCGCCGUCAUACCAAGCGCUGGAGGGUAUUUAUAAACUCCAUUGCGAGGAUGUGUUUUCUCUCGAGCAAUGGAGGGACUAUGAAGGAAAGGAUACGGUCACUCCACUUGCAAGGGGAAAAAUAAACAGAGUACUCACUCAGGUACUGAGAGAAGAACGCCGCGAGGCAGAAGAAAGGGCAAGGCGGGGCCAACAAGUAAUAUUUAACUUAUUUGCUAAGAUCGAAGAUUUGUUGUUUAGAGGAAGAGUUCGCGUCAAUGAAAAGAAGCUGAAUGAUUUUCUUACGAUGGAAUUUGACGGCAGAGGCAUUUUGCGUGCCAAUCGGAAUGUCUUACUGAGGGAUUUUAUCAGUGAUCCCACGAGGUAUAUCCCCGAUGCGGGAGUAUUGGGCGAAAUACAGGCAGCCGAUGCUUAUGCGAGGAUGGAAGGGGCUGUAAGGGACGAAAUGAAUAUGGAAGAGGAUGUACGCAGGCUUCACGAGAAAGGUGUGGACAAUCUACUGAAGUGGUCAUUAGCUGCCGAGGAGGUAAAGGCAAAUGUUCAUGGAGCUAAUAAACAGUUUUUGGAUGCAGCCUUCAUUGAAUUGAUGAGCUCAAUGACGAUGAGUGCGCCGAUGAAACUGGAGGGAUGCUACGAGUCUGUGUACAAUGCGAGGUGGCAUUGUGUCGUGGAGGUUCCUGUUGGCGAGGGGACGGGAAUGUAUGUGAGGGAAGGGGAAGCACAGCAGUCAUGGACGUGCAGGGCAGUUGGCAAAACUUUUGAAAAGAAUGACGGUGUGCAGCAAUCCGGUGCAGUGCGUCCCAGGCUGAUGGUGCUCACCUCGGACAAGGGAUGGCCGUACACGUGGGGACAAGGGCUGAAUGAACUUAUUCAUGACUGCUAUGUGAACUGCGAGGUGGAUCGAGUGUGGCAGACCGUCAAGGGCGGUCUCACCGAGUGGUUCAGCAGUCACGGUAAGAACAAAAUUUCGCCUGAUCCGUUUGUGUUGAUUGGGACGCCAGGGAUCGGGAAGUCGAUGGCUGCCGGCUCGUACCUUCUCUACCAGCUGCUGCACUACGAUGCGAAGCGACUGCAAAUGGUUGCGUACUUUAUUGGGAAUCGAAAAUUUCUUUUUGACAAGACCGCCAAAACGGUGGAAAAAUACAGUGCGGCGUCUAAUAUCGUGGAUAUUUUGGACGGGUUUUCUGGGCGUGGGUUGAAGGGGUAUAUUAUCUACGACGUGGCAAUGAAGGGUCAUCAAACGUCUACUGCUUUGCCUUGCAAGGGAUGGGGCAUGAUUGUGGUGACACCGCCAGACAAAAACAACUACGAAUCGUGGGCGAAGCUGGUGCGAGCGAAAAAAAUCAUAAUUAAUUGCCCUGACGAGAGCGAUGUGAGGGCAAUGUGCAUUUGGAUGAAGCACAAUCGGCAGCUUGAGGAGGAAGAAGCGGACUACUGGAGGGAGGUGAAGGAUCGCAUGGAUAAAGUGGGACCACUUCUUCGCUACAUCUUUGAUGACAGCGAAUACAAAUCUCGGCUUGUCUCGUGCGAAAGUAGAGUUAAAUCAAUGAACCUUUUUGCUACCCACUAUUACUCUAUUUUGGGGACUAAUGAAGUGUGCGAUGAUAGCCACAUCUCUCACAAAGUUGUAAAGGUCGUACGAGUACGAGGGGGAAGCAAUUUAGAAUUGCCUUUAAAUGCACUGAUGUCUCCUUAUCUCGGAAAUUUAGUGACAUGCAAGUUGGCGGAGUUAAUGGCGCCGAAUAAUUUUAUUUUACUCGUAUUGGCCAUUAAGGACGAUCUCUUAUCAAAACCCCUUGAAAAGCAUUCCGUGUUUACUUUUUUUAGCGGGGCCUUUGUAAGUGCAAUAAUACCGAAACUCAGGGAGCUGAAACUGCAAGAAGAUGCUCCGCCACAUCUCUGUGCGCUGGAAUCACGUCCACAUGAGCGCCCUCUCAAGCCCUGUAUUUUACCGUUACUGGAAAAAUUUAAAAAGAAGAUUAAUAUAGAGUCUCGGGUGCUGUACAAACCGGAGGCUCAAAACUUUCCGUUGGUGGACGCCUUUUUCUUCAUAGAGUCACCGCAGAAGACGCUGGUUGGGCUGCGGAUGGCUACGGCGGGUGGGCACCACACGACAACCAGCACUGUGCGGCAGUUCACUGAGUGCCUGGCGGCAUAUUUUAAUGGUUGGGAGGAGUUAUCCCGAGAAAUGUCGUGGGAGAUGAUUUACGUGCAGCACGAAAACAGCAAAAAGAUAACGAAAUGGCAGAGAUGUGGUCCCGUCAAUCCCAAUAAUGAAACCGACGCUGAAAAAGAGAUUGUGGCGUUCUGGAACGGAAAGGUACAUUAA